AUGAACGCAUCGCAACAGGUAGCCGCCGUCGCCGGACGGUCGUCUUCCACAACGGCGGCAACAGCAGGCGGCAAGAUUGUGCCUCCAUCACCUAUUACGGUCAAGGCAUCGACGACCGAGUCCUUCCUCAAAGACUUCACCCUCGUCGCCGAAGCCGCAAAACGCGCCCAGGUCGCCGUUAUGAUGCGCGAUUUUGAAAAUGUCGGCCUAUCCGGGUAG